GGGAGGACCACCAUCGUGUGGUUCCAUCAAGGGAACCCAACGUGGAGGGCCGCAGCCUAAACAUUCUCAAAAAGCACAGACCAUGUCGACCAACGCGUGGACGUCGCCGACAUCCGUGGGCUUGAUGGCCGUGACAGGGGCUACGUUUGGCUUCGCCAUGAACAAGGGCCAAGUCCACCUGCCGUUUGUCAUCCAAGACCAAAUGUCGUUCUCCCAGUUCACCAUGAUGAAGAUGUUCCUCGCUGCGCUCGGCACGUCCAUCGUGUCGAAAGCGGUCUUCCGCGCCGUGUGGCCCAAGGAAUUCGACGCGAUUCAAAAGAAACGAGCGGCGGAUCCGAGCCACGCCGCCGUGCUCGCCACGGGAGGGCUCAUCAUGGGCAGCGGCAUGGCUGUGUGCGGAUCUUGCCCCGGCUCGGUGUACGUGCAAUUGGGGGCCAAGAUCCCUACCGCCCUGCCCGUGUUUGGCGGUGUCUUGAUCGGUACCCUGGUCGCCACCGCCGUGGCAAAACCGUUGAUUGCCCAGUGGCAAGACAAACGGCCCCGCGUCAACACCACCCUUCAACUGUCGUGGCCCGCGCAUGCCUUGCUCGGCAUGGCAGUCCUUGGGUCGUCGGUCGCAGUUGAGGUCCUGUUCCCAGAGCAUGGACUACACAAAUCAGCGUGGCUGCCAACUUUGGCCGGUAUGGUCGUCGGGGGCCUCCAGUUGCCCCUGGUCUUCAUCCUGAAGCGAUCGCUGGGGGCGACCUUGUCGUACAAGAUUUUCCUGGACAAGGCAUUCUCUCCAAUCCAAGAAGCCAAGCGGUGGCUCAGCCUUCCAACGAUAUCGGACCUCUCGACACUCAUCUUUGUCGCGGCCAUCGUGGCUGGGUCGGCUGUCGCCACGGCAACGUCCGGGUCGCGUACGUCGACAGGUCCACUGCCGUCGAAUGCCGCGUCGGUCGUGGGCGGUGUGCUCAUUGGUGUCGGGUCCACGGUUGCAUGCGGCUGCACAUCUGGCCAUGGACUGUCUGGAGUUGCUCUGCUCAUGAAGUCGUCGCUGAUCGUGCUGCCGUUCAUUUUCGUGGGCGGCAUGACCACGGCGUUUGCAAGUCGAUUCUUCUGACCCGUCUUGGAUCAGCACAAACCCACGACGUCUAACUUACACUUGGCAUUGGAUGGAAUGACUCUGGCCGUCACGAGCUGACAGAGCGCAUGGCCACUUUCGUCGAUGAGAUCGACGCACCACACACGAAUGAAAGAGUUUCAAAU